AUGAAACCAACAUCCAUUCAGGUGAAGAUAUCUGAAACGAUUGGAAAUCUCAAAGCAAAGUUUAAGAUACGGUUAUAUGUCAAAGUACCUUCAGAUCAUAAAAUCAUGGCCGUGAAAGUGAAGAGUUCUGAUACAAUUCAGAAGAUCAAAUCCGUAGUUCUUGCCAAAAAGUGGAUCCAGGGAAAGGAGUACUCUCUAUACCAUGCAGGUAAACUCCUGGAAGAUAACAGGACUUUAUCCUCACUCAACAUACCUGGGAAAGUGACUCUCCAAAUGGUUUCUACUCCUCCGAAUGAAUCCCGGCUGGAGAAUUUCAGGACCUUGGCCUAUUAUGACAUUGAGGAAGAUGCUAUCUUGAAGAUGGUGCCAGCCGAGUACCAGAUAUUUGUAAUGACAUGGUGUGGAACAACUGUGACUGUUUAUGUGAACCAAUUUGAAACCAUUGCUGAGUAA